AUGAAGACUGAAUCAUCGAACGCGCGGCUGAAGGGAAAAAACGUCACCUUCUGCACCGAAGUGUUCGAGUGCGACGAGAUUCUGCAACUGGACAACGAGUUGGGUCUGAUACAGUGGAGUCUAAAACUGAUGGGAAUUUGGCCAUUUUGGACGCGUUUUUCCAACGUCAAAUUUUUCCUGUGCGGUGCGAUACUCGCGUUCAAUGUGGUCGGGUGCUUUAGUGGCAUAUUGAACGUUAACAGUGACAUCGAGCAGUUCAUCGAAUGCUUGCUGUACUUUAACGUGAACUUGGCGACGCUGCUGAAAUUUCUCAUCGUCAAGUACAAGCGACGGAGCAUCGAAUUCAUCUUGAGAUGUAUACUCGACGAUUGCAGUCGCUAUUCUCACUUGUCAGUUUCUUGCAGAAGUCGCGUCGCCGGCAACAUCAAGAAGAGGAAGCUCAUGACUUUGACUUUGGCGCUGUUUAUUCUCGCUCCGGUUGCAGGUAAACGAAGUUUUUUGUCAAUGCUUUGGUCUACAGCUUACAUUUUUUCAGCCUUUGCGAUCACCAAGUACAUCGAAUACCGGGACGAUUUGGCCAUGAUACGAGAGUUGCCAAUAUUUUCGGCGCUUCCUACAUUUGUAAGACAUUCGCAAAUUUUUUAUCUCGCACUGCUGAGCGGGUUGUUCGGGAUUUUAAUGUCGACGCUCGUGAUCGUGACCAUAGAUUCCGUAUUUGCAAUUUUGAUGAUUCACGCGACCAAUCAGUUCAUCGUCCUUUCGGAAGAGCUGAAAGCGUACAGGGAAGACCAUUUGGACGCUUGUUACAAGAUCAGCAAGAAUAUGCGAAAUUGUAAGUGCAUGAGGUGUAUAAUCGACGGACAUGUGAACAUUCUAAGGUAUACCUUAAAUUUCUAUUGGUAUUCGAAAUUCAUUCUUUACAAGAUCGACAGCGUUUUCAGUAUAGUACACAUUGCCGUGAUUUUACUGUCCAUGAAUUUACAUUUGUUCAUGUAUUGCGUUACUUCCAAAAGCAUGACAGACGCCAGCGAACAGAUUGGAAUACGAGCUUUCAAAAUGAAAUGGUACAGUUUUCAAAAGACGACGGUCAGAAGCAUCGUCCUAAUGACGCUACGCUCUCAGAUUCCCUGCUACGUAACGGUUGCGAAAUUCAUUAACCUGUCCCUUGAAACUUAUACAAGUGUUUUGAAAACAUCGAUAUCGUACGCUUCUGUGAUUAUAAUUGCAAGAGAACAUCUCGUAAACGAAAGGUAA